CCUCAUUGCAGGUUGCUGCUUGUUGCUGCUCUAUCUUCUAUUCAUUUCUCUUCCACCAAAUCCUUUCUCUUCCAAGAAUUAGAUUAGGGUUCGGGUUAGGGAUUUCCCAUAGAAAUGGCUUCUUCAAGCGCCCAGAUACACGGUCUCGGAACUCCAUCCUUCGCCGGCAGUGCCUCCCUCAAGAAGCAAAAUAGUCACCGGACGGUGUUCCUCGGCCAGAGGCUCAGCUCCCCAUCGUUCCCGCGCUCCGCGUUCCUCAAGCUCAGGAGCACCGCCGCUCGCAGAGGUUACAACGUUGGUCCUCUCAGAGUCGUCAAUGAGAAGGUCGUCGGCAUCGAUUUGGGAACCACCAACUCCGCCGUGGCUGCCAUGGAAGGAGGCAAGCCCACCAUCAUCACUAACGCCGAGGGUCAGAGGACUACCCCUUCCGUCGUUGCCUACACCAAGACCGGCGACAGGCUGGUUGGCCAGAUUGCGAAGCGGCAGGCGGUGGUGAACCCGGAGAACACCUUCUUCUCCGUUAAGAGGUUUAUCGGAAGGAAGAUGUCGGAGGUGGACGAGGAGUCCAAGCAGGUCUCCUACAAAGUCAUUAGGGAUGAGAACGGCAAUGGUUCAUGUUCCGUGAGUGAUUUUGGGGCAUUUUUUGGGUGUUAGGUUUUGAGGAAGCUUGUGGAUGAUGCUUCAAAGUUUUUGAAUGACAAAGUAACAAAGGCCGUGGUCACUGUGCCUGCUUACUUCAACGAUUCUCAAAGGACUGCUACAAAGGAUGCUGGUCGGAUUGCUGGUUUGGAAGUUCUUCGUAUCAUAAAUGAACCAACUGCUGCCUCCCUUGCCUAUGGAUUUGAAAAGAAGAAUAAUGAAACAAUCCUUGUGUUUGACCUUGGCGGUGGUACUUUUGAUGUCUCGGUGCUUGAGGUUGGUGAUGGAGUGUUUGAAGUGUUGUCUACUUCUGGAGAUACACACUUGGGUGGUGAUGACUUUGAUAAGAGAAUUGUCGAUUGGCUGGCUGGAAACUUCAAGAGGGAUGAAGGUAUUGAUCUUUUGAAAGAUAAACAAGCUCUUCAGCGCCUUACCGAGACAGCUGAAAAAGCAAAAAUGGAGCUCUCGUCAUUGACCCAAACAAACAUCAGUUUGCCGUUCAUAACCGCUACAGCAGAUGGCCCCAAGCAUAUUGAGACCACCCUUACAAGGGCUAAAUUUGAAGAAUUAUGUUCAGAUCUUCUUGAUAGGCUAAAGACCCCAGUUGAAAAUUCAUUGAGAGAUGCAAAGCUCAAUAUUAAGGAUAUUGAUGAGGUGAUUCUUGUGGGUGGAUCAACACGUAUCCCUGCUGUCCAGGAGCUUGUAAAGAAGAUGACUGGGAAGGACCCAAAUGUCACUGUCAAUCCAGAUGAAGUGGUUGCCCUUGGUGCUGCAGUUCAGGCUGGUGUCUUGGCUGGUGAUGUCAGUGACAUUGUUUUGUUGGAUGUUACACCAUUGUCUUUGGGUCUAGAAACUCUUGGUGGUGUAAUGACAAAGAUUAUCCCAAGAAACACUACUCUUCCCACCUCGAAAUCAGAGGUCUUCUCAACAGCUGCUGAUGGACAGACCAGUGUAGAGAUCAAUGUGCUUCAGGGCGAGAGAGAAUUUGUCAGGGACAAUAAAUCUCUUGGUAGCUUCCGUUUGGAUGGUAUCCCUCCUGCACCUCGUGGGGUUCCUCAGAUUGAAGUCAAAUUCGACAUUGAUGCCAAUGGUAUUCUCUCAGUCACUGCGAUAGAUAAGGGCACAGGCAAGAAACAAGAUAUUACAAUUACUGGUGCUAGCACCUUGCCUAAUGAUGAGGUAGAUAGGAUGGUAAAGGAAGCGGAGAAAUUUGCAAAGGAGGACAAAGAGAAGAGAGAUGCUAUUGACACCAAGAACCAGGCGGAUUCAGUUGUGUACCAGACUGAGAAGCAGUUGAAAGAGCUUGGAGACAAGGUUCCUGGCCCCGUGAAGGAGAAGGUUGAAGCAAAAUUGGGAGAGCUUAAAGAUGCAAUUUCAGGUGGUUCAACCCAAGCCAUUAAGGAUGCCAUGGCUGCUCUCAACCAGGAAGUUAUGCAACUUGGCCAGUCCCUAUACAACCAGCCAGGAGCUGCAGGCGCAGGUCCUGCUGCGCCUGAAUCUGGUGGCCCUACAGAAUCAUCGGGCAAGGGAACAGAUGGAGAUGUGAUCGAUGCUGAUUUUACAGACUAUUUUUGUCAAUGGAAGAGUGGGUGUCUGUUUCAAUUUAAAGUUAGACACGGGUUUUUAUAGGUGCUCAUUGAUAGUUCGCGUUGUACCUCUUGGAAAUUUUGGCUAUGAAAUACAGUUUCGAGGAUGGUAUUUACAGUCACCAAAAAAAUUUAUGGUAUUACAGGCUGAAAUUGUCGUAAAAAUUCCUUGUUGAUUCAAGAUUAGAUAAAUAAUAGAUUUUUAUUUCA